UAUACAUCAAUUUUACUUGUCACUACUGUUAUAGUUAUACAUAUUUAGUACCUACCUAUUAAAACAUUUAUUUAUUUUAUAUAUUUUAGAGGAAUGGUGUGAGAAAGGAUAAUCAGAAAAUAUGGAUUUUCUUCGUGAAGAAAUUCAAUAUCUUUCGGACAUACAAAACACAGGAUACUCAUUAGAUGGCGAAGAAGGAGAACAAAGUUUCAUUGAAGAAUGUGAAAUUGAAUCAUCAGAAUCUAGUGAAUCCUCCCACGUCAAUAGAUUAACGCCAUUUUUUUUGGCUUUCGCCUAUGGAAUAAAUAUUGAAGUCCCGUUAAUAAAUCUGUCAACCAAAAACUACUUGAAGAUAUUCUAUGCUGCAGCUCACGCUGGAAUUAUCAGAAUUGUAACCGACCACUCCCAAAAGCCCUUACAGGGUCAUAAACACGAAAUCACCAGCAUUGCAACUGAUGUCCAUGGAAUGUACUUGGUGACUGCUGAUGCAGGUGACGAAAACGCUCUUCAUUUUUGGGACGGUACCGAAGGAAAGUUGUUCUACAGCAUUUUCACCCCACAUAAACAAUACGGAAUGGCCAAAAUAGCCAUGAGUCCAAAUGCCAAGUACAUUGCCACGGUUGGAAACGAACCAAUGCCGGUAGUAAAAUUUUGGCAAUGGACCUACGGAAGAGAGGAAGCCGAUGGUUCCUGGUUGGUUCCAAAGUACUACGGAAGGCCUGUCAAAGUUUGUUUCAAUCCUAACAUCCAAGAACAUUUAAUGGUCUCGUUUGAAAGACAGGCUGUGUUUUUAGAAUGGGAUCCUGAAGAGUCAGAGCUUCGGGAAGUCGCUACCCCAGAAUUAAGGACCAAAAGAACUCGGGGUAUGAUAACUGGUUGCACUUACGUCUACAAUUGUCACGAAUGUUUUGCUUCCCUGGACAAUGGGACAAUAAACGUUUAUGGUAAAACAUUUUUCGUCCUGCCCCUCGAAGAGAGAGAAUUGACAAAUAACAAAAUUUACGUGAAAACAAUCAAAGUAUCCAAGUACCCCAUUACAACAAUCGACACGGUUGAUGAAAUGGUAGUCACGGGUGAUGGUAACGGUUAUAUAAAAUUUUAUGACAAACGGUUAAAACUAUUGCAGUGGGCACAGAAUUUUACCGUGGAAACCAUCAAGUCUUUCAGUUUCACCCCUGAGCCCAGAAAAAUCAAAUUAAAACAGCCGUUAGAAUUUGACGAAGACGACUCCUUCAGAAAUACCCCAGAUUAUGAAGAUCGCUCCGAAGAAUACGAAACGUUAUACGCCCAGUUGGUACCUUCGGAUGCCACGCUACAAAAGUUACCUUUCAUCGUUAGAAAUUUUUUCGUAGUGACUUCAGGAGCGGAUGUAUUUGCUAUAGACUUCGUAAACAAUUCUAUUCGACCUGUUGUCACGAAAGUUGUGUCAAUUGUCACCGCUAUCGAUGUCCAUACUGAAAGGCCCUAUAUCGCGAUAGGCUACGAUAUAGGGGUCCUACAUCUAGUAAAUUAUGAAGACAACAAGUUCAUACUUGAAAGCCGAGUGCCCGAUGAAACUGCAACAAAUGAGAGUGGGAUGGAAGUAAAAAACGAAGUGGCUGUACUGAAGUACCACCCCCAAUCUUUAAUUCUUGUUUGUGCUACUUCCACUGGAAGUAUCUGGUUGCUCGAUCCAGUUCUGCUAGACCCCCAGCACGAAAUACCUUACAGACCAUCGAAAGGAAACGUUUUAAAAUUGUGUUUUUCAAACUGCGGAAACUACGUUGCUUACUACGAUAGCAAUAAAACUGUUUGCCUGUUCCACUAUAGUUCAGCCUUCAGUUUAACGUUCGUUGGUAAAGUUCGGGCCCAUUACAAGCCCCUGACUAGUAUUAUCUUUUCUGCGUAUGAACCACCUCGAUUAUUUACAAUCGGGGAAGAUAGGGUCCUUGUGGAAUAUGAAGUGAAAGACAGUUGUGAAGACGAAGUCCUUAAUGUGAUUCAUUCUGAGAGAAUAUCGCAAUCAGCAAUACCAAUAAGCAUUUCUUAUCUGCCAAAAAAGCCCACUACCAAACACUGGGACUUCUGUCUUACAGACGAUCAGUUCAAAUUUAGAACAAUUAACGAUCAAACAUUAAUGUGUAGGUCGGUGUCUUUAGGGCCUACCUACGGUUGUUUCGAUGAGUCCAUUGUUACGAAAACAGAGAUUUUGAAAAGCGACGAAAAUUAUCUAAUUUUUAUGAACAGUACGAGGAUAGGUCUCAUUAAAUUACCUUACGAUGGGAAUCCUUACAGGUAUAUAGGGAUUACAGGGCACCCGAAAAAGCUACGAACUUUUGUACAAAGUACAGAUGGAAAAUAUCUUUUUACAAUAGGCGAAAAUGACAGAACGAUAUUGAGAUGGGAAAUACACUCGAUUGGUGUAGAUUAUUUGGAAAAAAUGGGCGGUGACGAACUUCAGCCGUUUUACUGCUUGAUAGAGGGUGGCAAGGAAGGGUGGCUAUACAAAGAAAUGGAAGACUUGUUCUAUUACAUGCAAAUUCUUCAUCAGGGGGCUAAUACACUGUUACCGAGACAAGUUAGCGACUACAUUUCGAUAUCAGAAAUCCCAGAUUUAAUGAGAGCCUGUGGAUUUUACCCUACAGAAUACGAGAUAGAAGAUAUGAUAGUAGAUAUACGGUACCGCGAUUUUAACGAAACUGGUGAAAUUCGAGAUCAAGCAUCCUUUUUGGAAUUCGUUAAAUUGUAUAUAAAUCACAGACCUGUGCAUGGAAUUUCUGUAGAUGCCUUGAAGUCAGCUUACAAUACUUUCAAAGAAGAGGAAGAAAUUGAUGAACCCCUUACAAGGGAAGCAUUUAUUGAAGGCAUGUGUGAAAUAGGUGAGGCAUUUACAAAACCGAAACUAUCAAAAUGUCUUUCGGUAUUACUUCACUUCGAUGGCAAUCAGGACUAUAAGCAAGAGUUCUUCUUUCUUCCAGAGGAAAUUGACUUUGAUUUCUUCCUGAAUGACAUGCUAGGAAUUGAUAUGAACAGAACCAACGUUGAAGAAGCAAAGGUUUCUAAAAAUCAAGCAGACGAAGACAUAAUCUGACGGUUUAUUAAUUUAUAUUAAAUUUAUUCAUAAUUACUGAAACAUUGUCAUACAAACAGUUGUAAAC